AUGUGUCGAUUUUUUCUAAAUAUUCUUUUUAAUCUAUUGUGUUUAGAUCCGGUCAUACCGAUGUAUUACUACAUAGAAAAAGAGAAUAUUGACUUAAAAUCCCCUCCAAAAACGAUGGUUGUAGAUCAUGGUCUGUUCCUGUGGAAUCAGGCUAUGUUCAUUUUAGCCCAAUUACUUACAGCAGGACUACUUCACAUAAACGAAUUGGACCCUAUCAGAAGGUAUUUGCCUUCAUAUAAUAGGCCUAGAAAGGGUGGGAGGUAUUCUGCUUUUCAGGCAAAACCGUCCAUAGGUACGGCUACCGAUUUAGUCGUUCAGAUUGUACUAAUAGCCGAAUCAAUGCGUCUUCAAGCUAUGAUGGCAACCUAUGGUAUUCAAACUCAAACCCCUCACGAAGUGGAACCGGUACAAAUAUGGUCGUCCACCCAGCUUGUAAAAGUCUACCAGAACUUAGGUGUAAAUAAAAAAUUAAAACUCAAAGGUAGACCUGAAAGACCUAUCGGAAGUUUAGGAACUAGUAAACUAUAUCGCAUAUGUGGAGCCACUGUCCUUUGUUAUCCUCUUAUCUUCGAAGUAUCCGACUUUUAUCUAUAUAGAGACAUGGCCCUGCUAAUCGACGAUAUAAAAACAGAGUUACAAUUUGUUGGAAGGUAUUGGAGAUUAUCUGGAAGACCUACAGUGUGUCUGUUGAUCAGGGAAGAGCAUAUGAGGGAUCCCCAGUUCAAGCAAAUGUUAGACCUUUUGGCUAUGCUGAAAAAAGGGUAUUGUGAUAAUGUUAAAGUUCGCAUAGGACGGCUGCAAAAUCUUAUUUCUAGUUCUUGUGUUGAACAUUUAGAUUUUAUGAAUCAGCUAGACGGUUUGACAGAUAGUUUUACCCACUUUCAACAAUUGGAACACGAAUACAUAGGUUACCAAAGUUUGACAGAUGUGCCAAGGGCGUUGAAUUACACCGACCAACUGAAGGAUUUAUCUAGUUAUAAGGAUAAAUCGACUAAUGAAAUUAUAGAGUGUCUCAAAAAUCAAGACAGUUUGUAUGCUAAAGCCCAGUUGUACGGUUUUAUACUGCGACGCGAAGGAAAACAUUUUAAAAUCCAGGAUACUACUAUUGAGAAUUCAUUAUUCUCUUACUAUCAUGCUGGAUGCCUCAGACACUGGUCAGCAGUCAGAUACACCAGUAGUCUGUUACAUCAUACUGUAGAUUCUAUAAGUCCUUUUAUUACUGCUGUCUUGGUUCAUGGAAAGCAGCUGACUGUAGGUGUUAUUGGACAGAAUGAAACAGUUUUCGACAAACCAAUGACACCAGCCGAAAUCCAGUCUAUAGUUUACAGUUCAGGUGAUAGCUCUGCUUUUUCAGGGAUUUUAAAAAUUAGAGUUGGUUGGGUUUUGGAGGCAAUGAAAUAUUAUUUAGAUAUCAUAGGAAGUAAAAAGAAGAUCGAAGAACAUAGUCCUUACGAAAUUAGACAGUUAAUUUUUAAGGUUUUAUCAAUUACAGAGUGUGAAUCUCAUAAUAGUUUAAAGUUAGAGCCAUUACAAAAAAGACAAUUAGAAGGCUGUUUAUGUCGGGUACCGCACAGAUUCUACAACGAAGUUUGGGACGUUUUAUUAAGAACUCCCAAAGGAGUUGUAGUCGAGGGAAACAUAAUCCCCAGGGAACCCACUAUGUCCAACAUGACAAAAAACGAACUGACAUUUUCGUUGUUAGUAGAAGAGAUGCUAAAUCAUAUCAACGUGCCAGAAUACAGACAAUUAAUUGUAGAACUUUUAACAAUAGUUUCAACGAUUUUGGGAAGGAAUCCAGAGUUAACGUUCAAUCAACCUUUGAACUUGAGACAGUUAGUUACUGAUGCUGCCCAUAUGUAUGCUAAG